CACCACAUCCGCAAGCCUUCAGCCAGAGCCAGGGCUUCGGAGCGCCCUUUGACCGGCCCCAGCCCACACUUAAGACGAACUUUCCGCUUAUGCGUAGCAUACAUUGUCUGCUUCCCCGUCGCGUUUGAGCAGGAAUGAGGCUGAGGGAGCCCAGGGAAGGGUGGCGUGAGGAUGGCUGGGCCCGGAGCAAUGUCAAAACCUUGGAGCAAAAGCUGCACGAUGCAAUUGGGAAAGUCAAAGACUUGGAGCGGGAUAUCCAAAUUGGAAGAAGAAAAGUUGAUAAUUUGGGGUGGAUGCUAGGGGAUGAAGAGGAAUGGGAGAGGACCGCUGUCUCAGCGACAAGCAAGGCUGUCCAGCUAGAGUUUGGUACCGUCAUGAGGAAAGCAAGAAGAAAGACACCUUGGAGCACCGUUCCGCGGUCGCUGCAUUCGCCUUCGCCAUCACCAUCGCCACCGCAAUCAUCAUUGUCGUCAACGACAGCCUCUAAAGAACUUUCUCAGGGCAAAGUCCUAGAGGAUCCAGGCGCUCCAAAGCCCACACGCGUUACUGAACGCGCCAAUCGUAUCAAGGGUCUGUGUAACAAAAAUGCCAAUCCCAUUCAGGUCCUACAUGACUCUCCUACCCUCGAGCUCACGCCCGCCCUCGAGCUUACGCCUACCCAGCUUGCACAAUUCAAGGAAACCGCCAAUUCUACUCAAGGUCUACCUGCGCCGCCGACACUCAAGCUUUCGUCUAGCCAGCUUGCACAACCUCGCGAAAACAACAAUCUUACGCAAAGUCCAUCUACCUCUUCUCCUCAGGAAAGCGCUAAUCCUCCCAUAGCGCGACUUCAGGCGGAUCUAGCUGAAGUCGCGCUAUGUAGAUAUUGUGGGGAGGUCCUCAAGGGGUGCCAUGCUAUCUCCAAUCUUGCACGGCACCAGAAAACGGAAGCAUGUCUUAGAGCGCGCGACAAAUCAUCUAAAAGGCAUGUCUGCGAUAGUUGUGGAAACACCUUUGCGAGGUCAGAUCAUUUAGGGAACCACAAGAAAAAGGGCAGGUGCAAGGAAGGCCAACUCUGCUUCAUCCAUCAUCACACCAUGUCCGCGUCCAGGUAUUCGUAG